ACCAGAAAUAGAUAAGCAGUUCCCCAUUUUGUGUCGAUUAAAAGAAUUUUAUUGAAACAACGCACAUUAUUUUUAAAAAUGUGCACAAACUUUUUGUUUAAUACGACAUCAAAAAGAAUUGCAUUGAGUCACCCAAAUUAUUUUAAUCUUCCCAAUAGAAAUUAUGAUUCGAUUCCAUCCCCAUCGAGAUUUGAGCAAGUCGGCGAAGAAUGUGGGGAAAACGUACCGGUAGAAAGAUGCACAUGGUUUGGUAAAAGACACGUCCAAUUAAUACUGCUGGCAUGGGGUUGGUUCCUGGUAGCAUCCGUUAAAUCGUUCCUAUCCAUUACAAUAGUAGCCAUGACGGAUCCUUCGGCCAGCAGUAAUCCCGAUAUACCGACAUACAACUGGACGAACAAAAAUCUGCUACUAUCAUCGUUUUACUGCGGCUACUGGAUACCCCAGCUGUUCGCCGGUUGGUUAACCACCACCUAUUUGGGGCCCAAGUGGAUUUACAUCGCAGCUAUAGGCAGCUGCUCGUUCAUCAGUUUCCUGAUACCGACUGCAGCCGUUCACUUGGGCUCCACGGGCGUCUUGAUUUGCAGGUUCCUGCAAGGAUGCUCUGCGGGAUUCACCGGUAGCGCCAUGUACUCUUUCUACGGGAAUUGGAUACCGAUUAACGAGAGAAAUCGGUCCGUUGGAUUUGUUUUUAUCGGUGGUACUUUGGGAAUUAUUUGUUCUAUGUUUUUUAUUGGAGAAAUAUCGGCCAGCGAAUUCGGUUGGCCUUUGACGACUCUGUUGUACGGUUCAUUCGGUUUUAUUUGGUGUAUUGUCUUCGGGAUUUUCGGGCAUGCCAGUCCAGACGAUCAUCCUACAAUUAGCACACAGGAAAAAGAGCUAAUAAGAAAAAGCGCUGCUAAUCCAGUUAAUGUUAAUAAUUCCCGAGUGGUUCCCUGGAAGAGAAUCUUUUCAUCGGUCUGCUUCUGGGCCCUCGUACUCGCCCAAUGCGGUCAAAUGUACCCGCAGUACCUGCUCUCAACGGAAACUUCCAGUUUCUUGAAAAGUGUACUAAAAAUGGACAUGUUAUCUAACGGUACUAUAAGCGCUUUACCGUACAUUUGCGCUGGAGUAUUAACUUAUUUCUUCGGCCUUGUAUCUGAUAACAUUAUAGCGAACGGUGUGUGCAGCAUAGGUGGAACUAGAAAACUAUUACUUGUAUUAGGGUUCGUGGUGCCCGGUUUAGCGUUCAUUUUAGUUGGUUAUUGCGAACCGGAAGAUUCUACUAUGGCUGUGGUACUUCUGGUAGUCGGUAUAGGUGUGGAUUACGGCGUGAAUAUGAACGGGUUAUCGGUGAAUUACAUCGAUUUGGCUCCUAAUCACUCCGGGCCCCUGUUGGGAAUCGGCAAUCAAUUUUCGCAGCCUUUCGCGGCACUGGCGCCGCUCACGGUGCAUUUCUUGGUUACUGACGAGACUGAUAUUAAUCAGUGGAAAACGGUGUAUUUCAUAGCGAUGGGAUUCAAAGCGUUGACUGGUAUGGUGUUUAUUAUUUUCGGUUCGGGUAGUAUCCAGCCUUGGAAUCAACACGAACAGAUUGAAGAUGAAGCUGGACUGUGAAUUUUGUGUUUGUCGGAGUGACUCAAAUAUUGCAUGUUGUUAGUUUGUAAAAAGUAUUCUCUCUUGUAUUAUAUAAUUUGUGAUUUUAUUGAAACGAUAUUAAUAAUAAAAACAUAUACAAUAUAUUUAUCACAUUAUUACUUAAUUUGUCACAAAAUAUAAAAUUGACUUGAUAAACUAAAAAUAUUUAAAACAAAACGUUUGCUUUCGUUGGAAUAAAAAUUAUAUAUACCUACACUUAAUCUUAAUUACGCUAAAGGAUUUUUCCUCAUCAAAGCAAUAUCAGCCUCCAUCAUAUCGGUAAUUAAUUCGUUAAAUUUAACUUUAGGAGACCAAUUGAAAGCUGCUUUAGCUUUAGAAGCAUCUCCGAGCAAUAAAUCAACCUCAGUCGGUCGAAAAUACUUCGAAUUCACUUUUACCCUAACAAUACCAGUAUCUUUCUCUUUACCCACUUCGUUCAAACCUUUACCUUCCCAUACGAUUUCUUUCCCCACGUGCUUGAAGGCCGCUUCGACGAAUUCCCUCACGCUGUGCGUCUCCCCCGAAGCUAUAACAAAGUCAUCGGCCUUCUCCUGUUGCAGCAUCAGCCACAUGGCUUCCACGUAGUCUUUGGCGUGGCCCCAGUCCCUCUUCGAGUCCAAGUUUCCCAAUUCCAAGCACUCCAAUAUGCCCAGAUGGAUUUUCGCCACUUCCCUGGUGAUUUUCCUCGUCACGAAGUUCUCUCCUCUCCGCGGGCUUUCGUGGUUGAACAGUAUGCCGUUGCAGGCAAACAUUCCGUACGCCUCCCUGUAGUUUAUGACUAUCCAGUAAGCGUACAGUUUGGCUGCCGCGUACGGGGAUCUCGGGUAGAAAGGGGUCUUCUCGGUCUGGGGUACUUCAGCCACUUUACCGUACAGUUCGGACGUGGAGGCUUGGUAGAAUUUGGUGAACUUUUCCAGGCCGCAAGUUCUGAUGGCGUCUAACAUUCGGAGAGUCCCAACGGCAUCGACUUCGGCCGUGUAUUCGCUCAAAUCGAAGGAGACUUUAACGUGACUUUGGGCGGCUAAAUUGUAAACUUCCGUGGGUUUGAUUCUGUUGAUUAUCUUCACUAAACAACUGGAAUCGGUCAUAUCGCCGUAGUGCAGGAAAAACUUUACUCCGCAGUGGGCGUGCGGAUUGGAAUGCAAGUGAUCUAUUCUACCUGUAUUGAAGCUGCUCGCUCUCCGGAUGACGCCGUGCACUUCGUAGCCUUUAUUCAGCAGAAAUUCGGCUAAAUAGGAACCAUCUUGGCCCGUGAUUCCGGUUAUUAGAGCGACGUUUUUCUUAUCACCGUUCGACAUUUUACUGAAGAAUCGUACCACUAAUUGAAUACGUGUCCGCCGACGCAGGUAGAAAUAAGCUACGUGGAUAAAUUCAUUUAUUUUAUGCGAAUAAGCGAAUUGUUUACACUCCAAUUCAUAGUUGUUUCUUAUCAAGGUUAUCUAUUGAAAAUAUUGAAGUAGGACACAU